UGUUUUCAUAAUGGAAUUUCGAGUUGUUUAUGGGUUGGGUCCGUGAAGAUCGAAUCUGUUCUAACCGAGCUGACGUUUCAUGCAUUAUGCUGAUUGGCUGAUUUUCUCCGUGUUUAUAAUGUGUCAGUAGGGAAAUUUGGACAGAGUGCAGUCACCUCGUGACUUCUCAUUACUUCACUUGACUUUCCCUCGCUUCUUCAGUGGCCGGCUGAGGUUUUAAUAGGUGAUCAUGAUGAUGAGCUCUUUGGUUUGGUUUGCUUUGGUCUCAACAGCUUCAGCUUUUCACGUAUAUGAACAAGAUGAGUUUCACUUCAAGUCAUGGAUGGCACAGCACAACAAAGUGUACAGCAUGCAGGAAUACUAUGAGAGGCUCGAGAUAUUCACAGAGAACAAGAGGAGGAUUGACAAACACAAUGAAGGAAAUCAAACAUUCACAAUGGGGCUGAACCAGUUCUCAGACAUGACAUUUGGGGAAUUUCAAAAGUCUUUCCUCUGGUCAGAGCCCCAGAACUGCUCUGCCACCAAGGGGAGCUACUUCAGCAGCAAAGGAGCACUUCCAGACUUCAUCGACUGGAGAAAGAAAGGGAACUACGUGACAGAUGUGAAGAACCAGGGACCCUGUGGUAGCUGCUGGACUUUUUCCACAACUGGCUGUCUGGAGUCUGUUACCGCCAUCCACACUGGAAAGCUUGUACCACUGUCAGAACAACAGCUGGUUGACUGUGCCCAGGACUUCAACAACCAUGGAUGUAACGGUGGUCUCCCGAGUCAGGCAUUUGAAUACAUCAUGUACAACAAGGGACUGAUGACAGAGGAGGACUACCCAUACAAAGCUAUUGAACAUACUUGUGUGUACAAGCCAGGCCUAGCAGCUGCUUUUGUGAAAGAUGUUGUGAACAUCACCGAGUAUGAUGAGAUGGGGAUGGUGGAUGCGGUCGCUACACUCAAUCCUGUCAGCUUUGCUUUUGAGGUGACCUCCGACUUCAUGCAUUACUCUACGGGAGUGUACACCAGCACUGAAUGCCACCAGACCCCAGACAAGGUGAACCAUGCUGUGUUAGCAGUGGGAUAUGGACAGCAGGACGGCACCCCUUACUGGAUAGUAAAGAACUCAUGGGGAUCCCUCUGGGGAAUUGACGGAUAUUUCCUCAUUGAGCGUGGAAAGAACAUGUGUGGACUCGCUGCCUGCUCAUCUUUCCCAGUGGUGUGAUUUCUGCAUGAUAGCAAACUACAAAAGGGCUAAAAAGGGAGCAACAUUUUUUUUAAAAUAAUACUUUAAUAGUGUUUUAAAUAUCAAUUAGCAGCCUAUUGUGUUUCCAUGUACAGUGCGCGAAAUGUAGUAAAUAUUAUCACCCAGUGAAGUACUGUGAUACAUUUAAUCUACCAAUCAAAAAUGAUCACUUAAGUAUCCAUCAUUUAAUUAAUUCUACUGAAAUAAUAAAUAAAAUCUAUUUUAAUGUG